CCCGUGAGCCUCUGCUCUUCGCUCCCAGAUGGGGCGUGCGUUCCCUACCCAGCAGUCCUCGCGCGGCCCGGCACAGCGGACACCAGUACUCCAAGAUGGCGUCGGUCGUACCAUUGAAGGACAGGAAACUUCUGGAGGUCAAACUAGGAGAGCUGCCAAGCUGGAUCUUGAUGCGGGACUUCAGCCCUAGUGGCAUUUUCGGAGCAUUUCGAAGAGGUUACUACCGGUACUAUAACAAAUAUAUCAACGUGAAGAAGGGGAGCAUCGCGGGGCUUACCAUGGUGCUGGCAUGCUACGUGGUCUUCAACUACGCUGUUUCCUACAAGGAGCUCAAGCACGAGCGGCGACGCAAGUACCACUGAAGAAGACGAGCUCAGCACUCCUCUCCUUAAGGAAUAGUCUCGAUUAUUGCUGAAUCCUUUCAUAUCCUAAUGGAAUUAACCUCCAAAUAAAAGAUGACUGGUAUGUGUGCUGCAUGCCUGCCUGCCAUA